AGAGGUGGCCGCUCAAGCCCGCGUACCGCGACACCGUGGUCGGCACGUACAAGGGCGAGACAUGGGCCGUCGACUUCCACAAUCGUCCAGUGGAAUCAAGGAAAGAAAUAAACGCAUGGGUGGCCAAGGCGACGAGGAACCUCAUCACGGAGGUUCUCGACCCAUACAAGAAAAGCCACACCCUCCACGUGGUCGCUAACGCCAUCUACUUCAAGGGCGAGUGGCGCAAGACCUUCGACAAGUACGACACCGUCGACGAUGAGUUCCAACUUCUCGACGGCAGCAUCGUGGGCAAGGUGCCCUUCCUGCAGAGGCCAUGGAGGAUGUACCAGCAAAUCGCGUGCCACGAUGGGUUCAGGGUGUUGAAGCUGCCGUACAAGGCGUACAACGACGACAGCCCGCCGGCGUACAACUCCAAGCUGCGGGAGGGCCUCCCGGAGUUCUCCAUGUGCGUCUUUCUCCCCGAGGACUGCGACGGCCUGUGGAGCUUGCUCGACAGGAUCACGGCCCACCCAGAGUUCCUACACGAGCACCUGCCGAGGGACCAUGUCCCUGUCGGCAAGUUCCGGCUGCCCAAGUUCAAGCUGACGUACAUGAGCAGCAUCCGCGGCGUUCUCAAAGACCUGGGCCUCCGGCUGCCCUUCGAUCCCCUUCUGGCCAACAUGACCGGGAUCAUCGGGGACGACGAGUCGGUCGUACCGCUGUGCGUAAGCGAGGUUGUCCACAAGGCGGUGGUGGAGAUGAACGAGGAGGGGUGCAAGGCCGCCGCCGUCACCGUGGAGUCAGACGACGACUUGGGGUUCUCGCUUUACUGCGAUUACGAGUACGUGCCACCACCUCCAACAGUGGACUUCAUCGCCGACCACCCGUUCGCCUUCUUCAUCGUUGAGGAGACUUCAGGCACCGUUGUCUUCGCUGGGCAUGUGCUCGAUCCUACCAAGGAAGAGUAGAUCUCCGGGCAUAAUCGAUACUAGCGGGAUACGCACGCUUUGCUGCGCGAGUCUUCUUUUUGACGUCUUUCCUUUUUUUUUUGGCUGUUGUUUCCCUUUUUUGUGUGUGUGUGUGGGGUGAGUAUGGGUCGAGCUAGUAUGUUUUGUCCGGAUUUAAAUGUGAUUUUGAAAAGAAAAAAAACGCCGUGGCUCACUACACGAUGUGAAAUAAGCCA